AUGAUGAUUUAUGGUGUUUGUAAUGGUGCAAAAAAGUUCAGAUUUUCAAUUGCAAUGGCAAUGGCAAUUCUCUAUGUCAUGCUUCUCACUCUUUCCAUCGUAUACUUUGCCUCCUUUUUAAUUUUCAAUGUAUCAUCAUCUUCCAUUUCCAUGCCACCUUCAUCUUCAACAUUUCAAGACAAUCAAGUUUAUCAAAAAGAGAAGCAACUAUCUCAGCAAACAUCAACCCCCCAUAUUCAAUCAACAAUCUCUUGUGAUAGAUCUCACUACCAUUAUGAUCUUUGCUCAAUCAACUGUCCAACAGUCUUGGACUCUAAAACCUCAACUUUCUAUGCUAUUGGGCCAACCAGCCCAAGACAAUUUAUGCAGAAAAUAAGACCUUACCCAAGAAAAUGGGAGAAUUUCACAAUGUCUAACAUAAACCAGGUAACAAUAUUAUCCGGCCCAAAAGCCCCAUUAUGUGAUGUUACACACAAUACUUCAGCACUUUUAUUCAGUGCGGGAGGGUACACCGGAAACUUUUUCCAUGAUUUUAACGAAGGUUUUCUUGCACUCUUCAUCACCGUCCAAUUAAUGUCUUUGACUAAUCAAGAUGUUAAUCUUGUGAUUCAAGAAGCACAUGAUUGGUGGGUUAGCAAGUAUAAAAAUCUCCUUGGUGCAUUUAGUAAUUACCCAAUUAUAAUUCUUGAUGAUCAAAAAAUAAAUCAUUGUUUUAAAUCGGCUAUCUUGGGCCUAGUCUCACACGGGUUCAUGACUAUUGACCCAAAAUUAAUGCCCAGGCCCACAACACUAAUUGAUUUUCACUUUUUCCUAGAUAAGGCCUAUAAUAAAGCCCAAUGGUCAAUACUCUCAUCGUCGUCAUACCCUAUAUAUCCCGUUCGAAAAGGAUACAAUCAAAAUUGUCAAACUAUGCCCUUAUCAGAGAAGAUUGCAGCUAAAACGACCUUCGAUUCAAAAAAGACUUGCAAUAAAACCCAAUACUCUAUUCCUCCAUAUAAUUUGGAUCAACCCAAAUUGAUCUUGCUUAGCCGAGCUAAUGGGUCGGGUCGGGUAAUGUUAAACCAAAUCGAGAUCAUCAUCAUGGCAGAGAAUUUGGGCUUUAAUGUAACCGUAUUUGAGCCCAAGCCCGAAACACCAUUGUCCGAAGCUUAUGGACUUAUGAAGGAGACUCAUGUAUUGUUAGGGAUCCAUGGGGCAGCAUUGACCCACUUAUUAUUUCUUCGACCCGAAUCAAUUUUCAUACAAGUAGUUCCUAUUGGAACUGAUGAUGUUGCAGAGAUGUGCUAUGGAAGACCCGCCAAGGAAAUGGGCUUACAAUAUUUGGAGUAUAAAAUUAGCAUUGAAGAGAGUAGUUUGGUUGAGAAGUAUGAUAAACUAGACCCUAUUCUUCAUGAUCCAAUGUCUCAAAAAAAUGGGUGGGUAUUUUUGAAAAAGGUUUAUUUGAAGCAGCAAAAUGUUAGAUUGAAUUUAAUUAGAUUUAGAAAAUAUUUGAAGUAUGCAUAUAAAAAGGCUAAGAUUUUCAUGUAUAAGGUAGGUUGA